UACCUCCUUCUCUUCCAAAAUGGCAGUCCGAAAAUACAACAAGCUCCCCCAAACCGCAGUCCUCAAGCAGAUCCUCAAAAGAUGCUCUAGCUUGGGGAAGAAGCAACACGGCUACGAUGAGGAUGGUCUUCCCAUCGACGUCCCCAAGGGCCAUUUCCCGGUGUACGUGGGAGAGAACAGGACGAGGUACAUUGUUCCCAUCUCCUUCUUGACUCACCCUGAGUUCCAAUGCCUCCUGCGUCAAGCCGAAGAAGAAUUCGGCUUCGAUCACGACAUGGGCCUCACCAUUCCUUGCGAGGAAGUCGUUUUUCGUUCUCUAACUUCCACGCUCAGAUGAACGAACCAUGCAUAUCCAGAGAUCGAUGGAGUUUCUUGAAGAAGAUGGCCAAGAUGAAGCUCCCCCCUUUGCUUCUCUUUUUUUCACCAUCUUUCUUCAUAUUUUUUCGUCGAUUUUUAUUCGUUUGGAUUCUUUUUAGGGGUGUUAUCGAUCGGGAGCGGUUUUGCUAUAAACCCUUUUGAUGUUUGAUUUAGUGACUCUAACCUGGAAUUUAACCCAUGAACAUGUAAAUGGGUUUCAUUUUGUAUAAAGUUUGUGAUCAUCGAUGGAUCGAUUUUACUCGCAGAGGUAGUAGUUUGUUACGUACCCUGUGAGAGAAGCUACUGUACUACUAUCAAUGAAAGACGUACUGGAUCAUCAUAUCCUGUUUGCUUUUAC